CUGGAGCUUAAGGAUGCAGAAGCAAAGUAAUUCUCCCAACUUGACUGAAAUGAAGAGCUUCAAAGUAUGAGGAUGAUGACAGCAGGACUGGUAGCUCAGAAGGUGAUGCUGGGCCCCUUUCUUCAUUGGAAGAAGAUGCUUUCCUGAUGAUGUGCUCUUACAUUUGCUAGAUGUUCCACCAGCUUAAAGUGAUGGUCAGAACAGCCCGUCUGCACUACGUGAUCCAACAACCGAUCAGUCUGGGAGCCUGACAAGCCAGGAAAGGGACUGUGCUCUAGGUCAACUAUUCUGACAGAGAAAACUUGUUCUUCCUCCUUAGCCAAGAACUCUGUACGUGACCUCUAUGGUGAGACCGACAUCUGGAGACAGAGUCAAGAUGGCUAAAGGAGACCCGAAGAAGCCCAAGGGCAAGAUGUCUGCCUAUGCCUUCUUUGUGCAGACCUGCCGUGAGGAGCAUAAGAAGAAGAACCCAGAGGUUCCCGUCAACUUUGCAGAGUUUUCCAAGAAGUGCUCAGAGAGGUGGAAGACCAUGUCAAGCAAGGAGAAGGCUAAGUUUGAUGAGAUGGCAAAGGCUGAUAAGGUACGAUAUGAUAGAGAAAUGAAGGACUAUGGACCCGCUAAGGGUGGCAAGAAGAAGAAGGACCCCAAUGCCCCUAAGCGACCACCGUCUGGCUUCUUCCUGUUCUGUUCGGAGUUCCGCCCCAAGAUCAAGUCUACAAACCCUGGCAUAUCCAUCGGGGAUGUAGCAAAGAAACUGGGUGAAAUGUGGAACAACCUCAGUGAUGGCGAGAAGCAGCCUUAUAACAAUAAGGCAGCUAAGCUGAAGGAGAAGUACGAGAAGGAUGUCGCAGACUACAAGUCUAAAGGAAAGUUUGAUGGCGCAAAGGGAGCAGCAACCAAAGCUGCUCGGAAAAAGGUAGAGGAAGAAGACGAAGAGGAGGAGGAGGAUGAAGAAGAGGAGGAUGAAGAUGAUGAUGACGAAUAAAACUGUACAAUACUUGUCUCCAUGUGAAUACCAUAGAGUAGGGGAAACACCAUAAAUGAAGCACCUCUUAUUUGAGAUGGUGUCUCUUGCCCUUAUUAGGCUUAAUUAAAAAAAAAAAUUUGGAUUCCGAUCGCGUUGUAGUUUCUAAAAGUGCUAUAGAAAUUGUAACUGGUUUACAUGAAGUGGCCAUGGGUGUAGUGAGCACCCUGAAACUGUAUCAAAGUUGUACAUAUUUCCAAACAUUUUUAAAAUGAAAAGGCGCUCUAGUGUUCUCCUAACUCUGUGCACUUUGCUGUUGGUGUAACAAAGCAUUUAAAAAUGUUUCAAGCAUUUUUUUAAUUUGUAAGGUGGUGUUACUAUAUGGUUAUUGGCUAGAAAAUCCUGGGUUAUAAACUGUACAUAUCUAUAGUUUGUAAAAACUAGACAGAUUCUUGUGGUACAUGCUUAGAGUUAUGAUGCCUUAGAGGAGCAGUGAUUACUUGGAAGGCUGUACGUUCCACGGGGUGCCAUGGCCCAAAGCAUGCACUGUGAGGGUAGAUCUAUUUACACUACAGUGGGCGUCCAUUUAGCUUAAAGUUGUCUUUCUGUAUAUAGUGAAAUAGCAUUCUGCUGCCAUUCUUAGUUGUGGAAGGGGGUUCAGCUGGCAUGAGAAGUGUAUGGAUUUUUUUAGUUAAGUGCGGUAGUUUUUAAACUGAAACUGUAGACAUCUCUUCAUUGUCAACGAAGUGAAGAGCCAGUGCAGCAACUGAAGUUCAAAAACACUCUGUACUUAAACCAAUUUGCAACGUUCUGUUUUUUUUGUAUGUUUAGAAUGCUGAAAUGUUUUUGAAGCAAAAUAAACAGUAUUACAUUUUUAAAACUGUUCUUGACAACAUUCUAAAUUUCUGGUUUAAGAGGAUCUUAACAACAGCGAGAGGUUCAUUUUGAAGUCUGUGGCAUCCCUCAGGGCUGGUGACUUAGGAAACAUUCUGACUCAAGGAUUAAAAAAAUAAAAUAAAUGGUGGCCAGCCACAACUGGCUGAAUUGAAAGAGAUGGCUGCUCCAGCUAAUAUGCAAUCGUAACUGUUUAUGGCUGAGUGGCAUAAGAUGCUAUGCAAGUUUGAACUUUAUUACUUGAACUUGGGAGCCUAAAUGAACAUUCAUGACGUAAUUGUUUGUUUGUGUGUGUAUAUAGCAGCAUUCAGAGAUGCAGAGAAAGGUAGGUGGCUAGGAAUGAGGCUGACACCAUGGAAUAAGUAUAAAAGCAUAGUUUGGAUUUUUUUUUCCAGUUGUGUUGGGUAAAUUUAUAGCCCAAAUGCAUUGCUGUACAUAUUAAAAUGUGCCUUUUUUGUCCUGUGUUAAACUGUUUCGGACUUGUGUUUUUUUCUAGCAUCUUAAUUUGCAGCAGGAGAAAGGCGCCUAGUCUAACUCCCUGCUGAACUAGGAGUGUGGCACAGGUACUUAGUAUGUGUCCUUUUCUGACGAUGCCA